AAUCCAGCUCACUGUUCCGGCCCACGAGUCUGUUGUUGUGGGUCGAAAACGCAGUGUUUCAAGAGACUGCAGUUGCAAGGUGUCUGCUGAAACCUCUGUCCACUGAUACCAAAGGGAGGUGCAUUUUCCAGUACAAAAGUCUAAGUUAUAAUGGAAGAGGGUGGAGAUUUCUCUCUUAGUGGAAAACUGGCUGUAACUGAGACUAAUCUGAGAGAUGAGUACUUCUGGAAACUUGUUGCUGACUUCAUUGGUCCUCAGACUGGGGAGGGGUUAGAGCUCCAUACAGCACCAUGCAAGAACAGAGUUUUGAUUCAAGUGGGACUCAUGAAAGAGGAAAAUAACUUUCCGUGGAUUGCCAUUGUAGAAUGGCUUAAGAAAAUUUUCCCCAGUCAUCAGUCAGCUGACUUUCGGCGUUUGAUUGAAAGAGGCAUUGCAACAACAUUGAGUCUAGGAAGUGAAGCGAGGCUGAUGUUUCUGGAAUCAAAUGUGAACUUUAAUUUUGUUGGUCCGAUAUGUGAUAGCAUAGGAGUGGAACGAUCACAUCUUCUGGAAAUGAGGGAUUUUUCAGAGAGGGCGCAGUCAAUAGAGGUCACAAAUGGAUUGAUUGUGGAGUUAAGCAACUUCAUUGUUAGGGAGAAAAUUGCCCCAGUUAUUUUAGUUCACUGGCUUAGAAACUUUAACCCUGACUAUUGUAAGAAAGGGGAUGUUCAAAAGGCGUAUAAAGCCCUUAAAGGAAAGCUCAAAAAGUUAAAAAUGUGCUGCCGCAAUUAUGAAACAAGAAGCCACAGGAGGAACGCAGCGAUGGAAAAUCUACUUCAGACCCCAUUUGAACUGGUGCCAAAGAAGUACGAUCCACGUAAAUUUUUAACCAAGAAACGGAUAAAAAAAGAUGAUGGUACUUAUGAAAAAGUCAAAAUCAAAGAAGAAUUUGAGAGCUUUGAAAUCAUGCAAGGUGAAGGGCCUGAUAUGAAUGGCGCAGUUAUUAAGAGAAUAAUACUGAAAGAGACUGUGCCUAGAUAUGACGACAGUGAUGAGGAUUUGGAUGUGUCCAAUGAAGAAGAAACAUCAGAUAACAAAGAGGAAGUGUUGACCCUGCUGGACAUUGCAAUGCUGUCCGUCCAAAAGCUUUCCAGUGUGUAUGGUGGGAAGACCCCAGAAUGCAAACAAGUGGCCUUUGAACUCCUCAAAAAUCAAUACAUUAUGACAUGUAAGGAACAUCCAGCAAUGGUAGAUUUUGAGAAAAAUCUCAAAUCAUUGUCUCAUUCUCUGGCCUCUCCUGUGUUGUUUUUAAAUUGCAAUGCUAAUUUCCUGGUUGACUUGCAUGAUGCAGUUGAGCAACAGAUUAUGUGCUUUGAAAAAGAGAUCAUUCAGUCAAGAGGAGAGAGACUUGGCCGGGAUAAGAUGCCAAAAUUUAGCAACUUUGUGAAUUUCACAGAGAGUGCGACUUCACGCUACAUUCACAUGGCAUGUGAUAUCUUAAGCCCUCGCACCCCUGAUAAGAAGAACCACAGGAAACACUGGGUGGCUUUUUGUGAGGAAAAGAAAAAUCCCUCUCGCCUGGCAGUGAAUUCGUCAAACCGAUUCAACAACUACUUCGAAGCAGCGGCGGGUCUUAUUCACCAUCACAGAGAGAUCCCUCCCUUCUUCUCUGAUUUGAUCUCCCUUAACAGUGAUGAAUGUCCAAACGUUAUCCUGGAGAGCAUUGCUGCUGAUGCAAACGACUCUAUGAUUCAGAGCUUUGUAUGCGUUCUAGCCAUCGUUUACUGCAAAGUCCUCGGCCCUUACUGGCAGCUACUGAAAAGUGGAAGCCAGUAUUCACAUUAUGGCCGGUACCUUCUCUGUCUUUACCAAAAGUUCCUGGAUUGGUCCAAAAAUCCUGUAACGCUACUCGAACCUGAAGAGAACACAAAUGUUUUUCUGCAGUUUCCCCUGCAAGAGAAAUCCUUUUGCGGGGUUUUUAAUUACUGCGGUGAGUGGCACACAAACAGAGACCUAAUUAGAGCUUGCUUGAAGAGAGUGAUAAAGGUGAUAGCUGGCGUCACCGAGGAGCACCUGAAGGAUUUCCUGCCCGGAGGAAAAUUUUCCGAAGUCCCCUCACCAGAGUUGAGCUCACAGCUUGAAAGUUGCACAUUCUCCGUCUUGAUGGCAGAAUAUCCCUUUAGCCAUACAUAUCCUUACAAGAAGAAAGAAUCUCCCAAGACCCCCAAACAGCCCACAAAGAGGGAAUUUUCAUCGGGUAGCUCUCAGGAAGACAAUGAACAGUCAGGUUCAUCUGGCGACAGUUCAGACGAAGUCUCCAGUCAGCAAGUCAAAAAAUUUGCGCAUAUUAAAAACGAAAAGACAAGCGGGGCAUAUAAGAAACAAGGCGUGGAAGAGGUUGAGCUGAACAUGGACAGGAAUUACAUCAUCACCACAGUGCACAGGAACGGCGGGCCGUGCAGGACCCAGCAGGAUGUCGACAAACUGAUGUUGCGUUUCGAUGGAAAAUCCAGAAUUGAGAAACGGGAAGGAAUUCGUUGUGAGAUACUCUAUCAAAAAAUGAUCCUCAACAACUUAGACCCAAACCUAAACUGCUUUUUCCGCAACACCACAGAGAUGAUGUUAAAGCUGAAGUUGGCUCUUCCACGUAUUAAACCUGGGUAUUCUCUGGUCUUAGCCCCUAGAAAGACUAAACCCAGACCUGUGGUUAAACAGACUGUGGAAGCUGCUCCGAGCCAAAGCAGUAGCACCAAGCAGCCUUAAUUUCAGUUUGUAUUAAAGAUGAAUAAAAGUGUGAAUAGUGGAUUCAAAGGAGAAGGGAAACUUAUCAUGUGACUUCCUCAUGUGAUGUUUACAACGUAAGCAGAAAUACAUAGUAACCCCAAUCUGACCACACAUGGAACAUUGAACUGUGUACGUAAGAUGCAGCUUUUGUUUGUGAUGUACAUAAUAUAUUUUAUGCAACUAGUUUAAAAGAUGGUUAGAUCAUGUACCAUCUAUUUUUUUGUAUUGUAUUGUAUUAUGAAGAAACUAUAGUCUGUUUUAUACAUCAUGUACCCAUUUUGAUCAUUUGGAGAGAACUCAAUUAAAGUGGAUUAAAUGAUUCAACA